AUGCAGUACAAGGUCCUUACCACUCUUUUCCUCGCCGCCACGGCCCUGGCCGCCCCUGCGGAUCCUACUUCUACAUCCUCAGGCACCGAGACUGCCGACAACGAUGAGACCUACGAUAUCGCGGAUGUGCCCAGCUCCAUCAUGAGUGUUCUGGCAACAGCCAUCCCGGCCUCAUGGUACGACGAAAUUAUUGACCCGGCCUCCCGCAGCGUGAUCAUCAGUGAAGCUGCCGCUGGCACCUACCCAGCUUGGUACAACGCGUUGCCUAGCAGCGUCAAGGCCUGGGCCACUUCCAACUUUGACGACCAGCUCGCUGGUGUCCCGGCAACCGCAUCGGCAACCGGUACUCAGACCGAGACUGCUGAUAGCAGCGCCAUCGAGACUGGCUCCACCACUCCUUCCCACCAGACCUCCAAUGCCGCCGUGACCACUUCGGCUUCCACCACUGCCUCGGACUCCACCUUCAUCUCUAGCACCAGCUCCGCAUCCAGCUCUGACUCGAGCUCUGUCUCGAGCUCCAGCUCCGACUCCAGCUCCGACUCCAGCUCUACAUCAUCUUCUCCCUCUUCUUCGCAGUCUACUGGUGGCGCCCCUGCUCCUACUGGGGGCAUUGCCAUGGGAGUUGCUGGUAUGGCUGGUGUUUUGGCUCUGGCUCUUGCCCUGUAG